CAGCGCCACCUAGAUAGUUUACCCUAACAACAUUGCAAACGGAAUGGCUGAUCAAGAGGAAACACAGCCUACCGACUCUGUCCCUAAGGAGGCAGAAAACACGGAAGCUCCUGCACCAAGUGAGGAAACACCUGCAGCAGAACAAAUAGAGCAGCCCCCAGCUGAAGAAAAUACCACCGAUGAGGCACCAAAGGAGGAAGAACCCCCCAAAACAGAGGAACCAGCAAAUACAGAAGAACCAGCCAAAGAGGAUGCUCCGCCAGCAGAGGAAGCACCUGCUGACUCCAACACUAAUGCUGAGGAAAAGACUGAGGAGCCCCCUGCAGAGGGAGCUGAGCAAACAGAGACCGCUGUAGAGGGUGACCAACCAGCAGAAGGGGAACAGCUGGCAGAGGGGGAGGGAGGAGAGAAAGCUGAGGAGGGAGAGAAACCAGAAGGGGAGACCGCAGAGGAGGGGGAGAAACCAGCCGAGACAGAAGGAGAGGAUGGUGCACCUAAAGCAGAAGGAGAAGAAGGGGAGAAACCAGACGGAGAAACAGCUGCAGAGGACGGGGAGACUGCAGAGAAACCAGAGGGAGAAGAGGGGUCAAAAUCACCUGUACCUCAGAGUGAUACAUUUGCUGAGGGAGAGAGACCAGAGAGUCCAGAGGUUGUGGGUGAGAAAUUGUCCCGAGAAGGAAGUCCGGUCCAGGAGGCCCGAGGUGAAGGACUUCAGCCCGACACAGCUGCCCUUGAACCUGGAACGCCAGAAGGUUCAAGGCCAGCAUCAGUCACAGAAGACCAGCAUUUAGCUCCCUUUGCUGAAGAGGAAGAAGAGGAAGAGGAGGAGGAGGAAGAAGAGGAAGAGGAGGAAGAAGAACCACAGCCUCAGUUUGAUAGAGAGGCUCUCCUUGAGCAAUAUCAGACAUUACUUGAGGAGAGAAGAGAAUUGCAACAGUCUAACUACUUGCUGCAGCACAAAUUAGCAGAGCAUUUCAGGAAGAAGAAAGCCGAUGAUGCUCGACAAGACUACGAUAAAACUGCCAACGAUCAGGACUCCAAAUACGUCAAGUACAUGGCACAAGUUGAUGAGUUAAGAAAACUAGAUGCAGCUGAGAGAGAAAAUUACAAAAAUCAAAUGGAAGAUUUGAGAAUUAAGUGUGAAGAUAAGAAACAAAGAGUGGACGAGGAGAGGAAGAAAUUCAUGGAGUUUAAGAAGCAAGUGGCUCUAAACGCCAUCUCCAACAGAUCAGGCAAACCUGUUCCACCCAAGGACAUUGAACAAGCUCUAUCAGUGGAAAACAAAAAAGAACAAGAUGUAGUAGCAGUCCGCUUAGAAAAUAUCAAACUGAAGAACAAAUUAAAGAAGAAAGAACAUCAGCUUAAGUCUAAGGAGGAACUUGCAGAGGGUUUACAUCUGAUCGAUUUUGAACAGCUGAAAAUUGAAAAUCAGACAUACAAUGAGAAAAUUGAAGAAAGAAAUGAGGAAAUUUUAAAAUUAAGAAAGAAAAUCACCAGCACUGUACAAGUUUUAACCCACUUGAAAGAAAAACUUCAGUUUGUGCAAGCUGAAAACCAAGUGCAGAAAGGUCGUCUGAGGGAAGUAGAGGCUGAAGCAGCCAUGAAAAGAGAUAUUUUAUCGCGAACAAAACAGGCGAGGGAUGCUCUUCGAAUCGACAAUCAGCGACUGCGUCAGAGUUGCGGAUUACUGGGUAACGAGCCACUGCUUCGAGAUUUCGAGGAGAGAAAGGAUGAAAGUGAUGAUCUAAGAGAGAGACUUGAAAGGUUAAAAAUGACACAUGCUGAACUCACACUGAACUGCAAUCAAGUGCGGAGGAAAAUCGAGCAAGCGCGACAGAAUCGAGGCUGAUCAAGUUUCAUAGACAGUAUAUGUGAACUAAAGAUCGAUGGUUUACAGCUGGAAAUGUGAUAAUUUUUUAUGGAUAUAUAAAUUGUUGUUGAUGUAUAUAUGUAUUAUAUAUGAAUUAUGGACACAUAAUAAAUUAAACUUAUUGUUCA